AUGAAAUACGAAAAGAAAAAGAAACGAAGAUGUUACAAAAAGAAAAUGAAUAAAAAUUUAGUUAAUCCAUUGAAAAUAAUUAAUAGUAUUCGACGUCAACCGUUCCUAAAGCAAUAUAUAUUUUAUGCUAUACUUAAUACUGACUUGCAUAUGAAUCGAGGAGUAGCAGCGGCAAAUAUCGCAAAAUGUUUGAUGUUUCUUCAUAAUAUAUUGGACUCCGAUCAAGUGAAAAGCCAAUAUAUUGAUACUUGGAUGAAAACUGGACAAAGAAUAAUAGUCCUAAAAGGAUACGAUCAUAAACAUUUGAAAUACCUCGAAGAUGAAUUAAAAUUUAUAGCAAUUCAAACAUACGCGGUCCGUCACUUCUGGAAUCGCAACCAAGCAAUCAUUGCGUUAGCAGUUUUUGGAUUAAAAGAAGAUAUAGAAGAAAUUUUUGAAGGAAUGUCAUACUUACGAUAA